AUCUACUGUUUCGCUCAAGUCAGGAACUACAAAAGCAAAAGACUCAACAUGUCACUUACAAACAAGAAUGUUGUUUUCGUGGCUGGUCUGGGAGGUAUUGGCCUGGACACCAGUCGGGAGUUGGUUAAGCGAGAUCUGAAGAAUCUGGUCAUCCUGGAUCGCAUUGACAAUCCAGCGGCCAUUGCCGAACUGAAGGCAAUCAAUCCCAAGGUGACCGUCACCUUCUACCCUUAUGAUGUGACUGUACCUGUCGCAGAGACCACCAAACUCCUGAAGACCAUCUUUGCCCAGAUCAAGACCAUCGAUGUCCUGAUAAACGGUGCUGGCAUCCUCGACGAUCAUCAGAUUGAGCGUACUAUUGCCGUUAACUACACUGGCCUGGUCAACACCACCACAGCCAUUCUGGACUUUUGGGACAAGCGCAAGGGCGGCCCAGGUGGCAUCAUUUGCAACAUUGGCUCCGUUACCGGUUUUAAUGCCAUCUACCAGGUGCCCGUUUACUCUGGCAGCAAGGCGGCGGUGGUUAACUUCACCAGCUCCCUGGCGAAACUUGCACCCAUCACUGGAGUCACCGCAUACACUGUGAAUCCGGGCAUCACCAAGACCACUCUGGUGCACAAAUUCAACUCGUGGCUGGAUGUGGAGCCCAGAGUGGCGGAGAAGCUGCUGGAGCAUCCCACCCAGACCUCUCAGCAGUGUGCCGAGAACUUUGUCAAGGCCAUUGAGCUGAACAAGAAUGGUGCCAUCUGGAAAUUGGACUUGGGAACUCUGGAGUCCAUCACAUGGACCAAGCACUGGGAUUCGGGCAUCUAAACGGGAUACCCGCACCACAAUGCAUUCAAUGGCUUUAAGCUUUUAGCUUCGUUUUUCCACUCAAUUGUUACGUAUAUAUCUACAUAUGGCAAUAAGGCUGAUUUGAUUCUCUUUAAAUGGAACCCCGUUUUGAAUAUGAUAAUAAAAAUUAUAUUUGAGAAAUUUAAACA